AUGCGACCCGAAGCUGGCCUGGAAUCUCUGCUCCACUAUCAGCCUACACAUUCUUCCGUCGAAGAUAACAUGAAGGAGGCAGUGCACAUGCUCGAUCUGCUCCCUCCGGACCAGCGCAAGGGAUUUCUUCGUCUGUUCGGGCAGUUCGUCCAGCAGCGGCAAAAGCCCGCCCUGGAGUGGGCAAGGCUGGAGCCCCCACCCAGGGAGGCAAUGGUUCAGGCGACGGAUAUUCCGCCGUGCCCGAAGGACCAGGCCUUGCGCCACGAGCUGCUGGACAAGAUGGUCAUUCUCAAGCUGAACGGCGGGCUCGGGACGAGCAUGGGUUGCACGUGGCCCAAGUCGGCGAUAGAGGUGCGGAACGACCUCUCUUUCUUGGACUUGACGGUGCGACAGGUGGAAUACCUCAACAGCAUGUACGGAGUGGGUGAGUCACCACCACGACGAAGGAGCUAUGAUACUUGGGACAAUCGUUUUGCCCGUCCAAAGAAGAGAGUGAGCUUCUCGAAAGACGAUUCGUUCCGGGAAACAGACCCGCUCUCUAACGUUCCCUUGGUGCUUCUGGACUCUUUCAAGACGCACGAGACCACCGCGAAGAUCAUCCGGAAGUACCGCAUGCACAACCUGACCAUCCACACCUUCAUGCAGAGCUGCCACCCCAGAAUUAUCAAGGACACUCUGCAGCCGAUGCCUUCGGGGCCGUUCGGGGAAUCCCCCCCAUCGGAGUGGUAUCCUCCAGGGCACGGGGACGUGUACUACUCGCUGUACGCCUCGGGCCUCCUGGAAAACCUCAUCAACCAGGGCAAGGAGUACAUCUUCAUCAGCAACGUGGACAACCUCGGGGCCACGGUGGACCUGGACAUGCUGUACCACAUCUUCGACCAGGAGGCCGAGUUCGCCGUGGAGGCCAUCGAGCGCACGAGAGCCGACCUGACGGGCGGGCUGGUGGUGGGGUACGGGGGCAAGCCCAAGGUGGUGGAGCUGAGCACGGUGCCGACGGAGCGAAGAGACCAGUUCGUCAAGAAGUUCAACCUCUUCAACACCAACAACAUAUGGGCAAACCUGCGCGCGCUGCAACGACUAGUCGCGAAGGAGGAGAUGUCGUUGGAGGUGAACGUGAGGGAGAGGCAGGUCAGCGGGUUGAAGACCAUACAGCUGGAGACGUGCGGGGCUAGCGCGAUCCAGUGUUUCGACAAGGUGAUGGCCAUCGUCGUAAAUCGAGCCCGAUAUUUACCCGUCAAGUCGACGUCGGACCUCUUCCUGGUCCAGUCCAACCUGUACGGGGUGAGGCACGGGAGCCUCGUCAUGUCGGCGGAGCGGCCGGACGGCAGCACCCCGCUGAUAAAGCUCGGGAGGGAGUUCACCUCCGUUGAGGACUACUUACGGAGGAUACCACACGGCGUGCCCACCAUCACGCAGCUUGACCACCUGACGGUGGCGGGGGACGUCAUGUUCGGGGAGAACGUGACACUAAAGGGGACGGUCAUCAUCGUCGCCAACGAGGGGUCCGUGAUCAUGAUCCCUGACGGGACGGUACUCAGAGACUCGGUCGUCACCGGGAACUUGCGCAUCCUCGAUCACUAACCCGGCGGAGCGGCGGAACGGGGGGGCUGGUUAUCUUUGCCUGGCCGGAGCCAACAAAACAGGGAGUUGCCCGGCGACGGUUCACCUGGAACGGAUCAGCCGUUCGGCGUGCCUGCGACCGAUAUACUGGGGUCGGUUCCUUUGGACGGAAGCCGAUCGGUUGGUCGUCGCUUGGGUGGGUUUUCAAAGCCGAUCACUCGAGCAGCUAGCUAGCUCCGGGGCUUCGUUCCUCUUGGCCAGAAAGUCAAUCAGAUCGCUUGAGAUUUGGGUUCUUCCUCUCUUAUCCUUCGUGAGUUUUGUGCACAGGAAAUACCACGAGGACCGCUACUGUAUUAGCGCCCCUGCGUUGUCUGUCUGC